CAAUGGGCAGGGCUGCCGUAGUCCCAGUUGGAUCCUUUCUGUGGAAUAGCUAAUUUGUAAAUUUCCUCAGCUGUACAUGCAGACCUAAUCAGGUCUGCCUGCAAAAGGAUCCACCAAAUCAAUAAACAUGAAUGAUGAAGACUACAGCACCAUCUAUGACAGAAUCCAAAACGAGAGGGCAUAUGAGAAUUCAGACCAGCCAGCAGAAGACGGAGGUCCCCUUUACAAUGAUGUCCAUGACGACUUGAAGGCAGAAGACAAUUUAUAUGCCACUGAGUUGGAAACCAAUGGGUAUGACUCUGUGGCCAUUUAUGCUGUUGUUGGUCAGGAGAGCACCUCAGCCUCUUUUCAACAAGAAAUAGGAGAAUACCUCCUGCCUGAAAAAGUCUAUCCUGAGGCUCAGCAUCCUCAACCUGGGGAGUCCCAGGAGAAUGGAAGUGAGAUGGAAGCAGAUCUGCCUUCUCCUUCCAGCUUCACCAUCCAGCACAGCAGAGCCUUCUCCACCAGCGAGGACUCCCCUACCAGCUAUUCUGCUGAUGACGUUUCGGAAGAAAACGAAUCAGCUUCCACUAACCCUGAGAUUAACCUCUUUGUGAAGAGAGUUAUUGCGCCAGGUUCUGGGUGUACAGCAAUGAAGAAAACAAAGGCCUGGCUCCCCAGCACUUUGCAUCGUAGUGGGAGAGACAACAGAUGGACAAAUAGAGAAGUAAAUAUAAAAUACGCCGAGUGGUGA